AUGAUUAGGCAGGACGUUCCCUCAUACAAACUCUUUAACUAUGCACUGCCACCGGACUACGACCCGCUAGAUAUACAAGAAUUUACUACGGUGUUGCUUGUUGACGUUCUUGCAGCGCAUAGAAGAGGCUAUAACCCAGAUAAGCUAUUGACCAUUGGGACAGGGGCUGGCCGCUUGUCCGGGGUAUUCUUGCGAGUAUACGACGGUCAAACUGUUGCGCUAUCUGUUGAUAGCACACAAGCAUCCCUGUCUGCAGCCGUCGCAGGCCAUAACAUUAACGGGUAUGGUGGACGCUCGGUUUACUGUAUUGGGCAAGACCUUUCUGUGCUUGAAAAUGUGCCAACUGCAGCACGAUUCUCUCUGAUAGCAUACAACCCCUACAACACGGACACCUUGCACCCAGGGAGACUACAGAGACAAGGUAGUGGUCAAUCGCUCCUUGAUCAGACUUUAGCAGAAUUCAUAGCACUGACGGCAGAUUACCUAGAUGAGAAGGGAAGGGCAUUCAUAGUCAUUGAAACUACUAAAGAAUUAGGAAGACAUCAGAGGGCUGCAGGGCAGUUAGGCUUGCACUUCAGAAUUGAGGGGUCUCGCCCAUUCGAGGGCCACGACUACAGCGUUGUUCUUCUUUCGAGGCAAAAGACAGAUGUAUGCGCCUAA